AUGGCGACCACCCCCAAUGGCGAUGCUGGGUCCCCGGCAGUGGCAACCGUCGGCGAUAAGUCCAAGCCGCCCCCUGGCCUCGUCAUCCCUCCGCCUGGCGAGAUCCGUGAGGCCAUCGAGAAAACAGCCAGCUUUGUAGCUCGUCGUGGAGUGAAUUUCGAGGUCCGAAUACGCGAGAGCCAGGGCGCCAAUCCCAAGUUUAGCUUCUUGUUGAGCGAAUCCGAUCCCUACAGUGCCUACUACGAAUGGCGCAAACAAGAGCACAAGGAUGGCCACGUUCCUACCGCCGGUCAGCAGCCUGGGGAAGGCAAGGUUUUGCCUGCAGAGGAGGAGCCCAAAGGUCCACCGAAACCUCCCGACUUCCAUUUCUCGGCGCGUAUGCCGCGCAUCAACCAGAAGGACCUCGAGAUCCUGCGGCUCACGGCGCUGUUCGUUGCGAGAAACGGCCGACAGUUCAUGACGGCGCUGGCGCAGAAGGAGACCAGUAACCCGCAGUUCCAGUUUCUCAUCCAAAACCACACCUUCCACAAUUACUUCCAGCACAUGGUCGAUCAAUACUCUAUAUUGCUGCGGGAGGCCGGCAUAGGAGAAGGCAGCAAGGCCCAACAGGAGCGCAUGGAGGCACUGCAAAAGGAUAUUGAUGACAGGUAUCAUGUGCUCGCACGCGCUAAGCAGAGGGCUGAAUGGGCGCGGUUCCAGGAAGCAGAGAGGAUCCGGAAGGAGGAGGAGGAGGAGGAGCAGAAGCUCGAGUUUGCGCGCAUCGACUGGAACGAUUUCGUGGUGGUCGAGACGAUCACGUUCACCGAGUUUGAUGACCAGGUUGACUUACCACCCCCGACGACGCUCAACGACCUGCAGUACGCCUCGCUGGAGGACAAGAACAGGAUGGCCAUCAGCUCCAACCUCCGCCUCGAGGAGGCUAUGCCCUUCGAUGACAGCCCGUUACCAGCCGCGCAACAAACCCUUCCGGUCCACCCGGCCCCGGCACCGACACCACAACCAGAGUCCCGCCCAGCUGUCGAGCUGCCCAUGCCCACGUCCACGCCACCGAACGCUGGGCGAGCAGGUCCUGAAGAGGACGAGGCAGCACAGGCGAUAGCGGAGCGGGAGCAGGCUCGGGCGCGCAUGAAGCAGGCGCAGGCCGAGGCCAGAGGGGGCGUCGGGCCCGUCAAGAUUAGGGAUGCGCCCGUGCCAAGAACAACGGGGCGGAACAAGGCAGGGCAACAGAUGGCAAUUUGCCCGAACUGCAACCAGCAGGUGGCUAUCGGCGAGCUGCAGGAGCACAUGCGCAUCGAGCUGCUGGACCCGAGGUGGAAGGAACAGAAGGCCAAGGCCGAGUCACGCUAUGCCACGACGAACUUGUCGACGUCAGAUGUGGCAAACAAUCUCAAGCGCUUUGCCAGCCAGCGCAACGAUGUGUUUGAUGAUACCGGAAUGCCUUUGUCCGAGGAAGAGGCCGGGCGACGCAAGAAGAUCGCUGUCAGCCCCCUCGACAUGCACCAGGAGGACAACAGCUUGGCGCCCGGGAAUCAGCAACAGGCGGUGAGCGUCGAGGAGCAGAUUAGGGCCAUCCAUCAAAAGUUUGCGGCCGAGAAGAAAUGAGUGCCCCUCGAGUACCCCUCAAGUACCCCGCGGCCGUGUCGAUGACCGACUCUCGAGAGACUUGAGCCGCCACAACCAUACGCAUGAUCACUGGACAGACAGGGCCGAAACAAUGCCUUCAGGAGGCUGGCCCUAGGGAGUACAGGACAUUCCGACCAGAGCGCACCCGUACGCGAGAGAGAAGCAGAAGGAACAAAGGGAGGCUAAUGGCUAGGGCGUAGAUUGCCAUCACAUUUACUGCCUGUGUUGCAAUGUGAAGAUUAUGUGAAGCACUCGCUACCGAAAGAUAUGUUGCACAAGUAAGGUGCAGUAAUUAUUCCAACCCAACAAAAACGUAAUUAUGUUGUCUCUGGACGCACUCGAGAGCGUGUCCAGUAGAGAUAUACCUUGGAGCCAUGUUUCAUCGCUCAUCUUCAAGUAGAUGGUCGUGCAAACUGAACUAGAAUCUUCGACCAGGCCCAUUGAUCGUCAGUGGUUUGACGAAUACUAUUCAUAUUAGUUCACAUAGACUACAGCGUCAUAGACUGAAACGGGUUUACAC